GAUUGUCAAACAAUCGCGUACAUAUUACAUCGCAUGAUUUUACUGUUCAAUGUCCAUAUUGCAUGUAAAGAUUAAUUAGCCUAUAUAAAUUUCCCGGGAUAAUUAUCAUCCUUUUCAUUGAAGUCUUGUGCAUCUGUUGAGACCAAUUUUACGUUUGUGAUGAACGGGAUGGAAUUGUAAGUGAUGCUUGGACAACCCUUGAGGAUGAUGGCAUCUUGGAGGAUAGGUUGAUUCAGCAUAUGUGGAAGGGUUUCCUAGAGCAGAAGGAAGCGUUAGUCCAGCUCAUGGCCAAGUUUGAUCUCAUCUGUGAGGCUCCGGUAGAGCAGCUCCAACCAGGAGAAGAGGAGAAAGGAGAUGUUGAGGUAUCAGAUGAUGCCGAGAGGAACAUCAAGAAGCGCUACUACGUCCCCUCCAGACUGUCCUCCCAUUGUUCUCCAGAAGAGAUUGGACAGAUCAAAUCUUCUACCGACUUCUAUGUUGACUUCAGAGGCUUUCUACCAGAUGGCCUGUUUCAUCGUCUAAUGACGAGAGCAGUAAGAUGGAUGACAGAGAAAGACGGUGAAUCCGUUAUUCUAUUCUAUCGUCAGAUCAGUCUCAUGGUGGAUGACGAGCACCAUGCUUUACUCGAGAUGUUACCACCCCAUCAAGCGACUAUCAAGGUGACUGUAUUCCAAGCCGCAGUUGCAGAUUCCGAUGGUGAAAAUGAUAAUCAUCAACCUCCCUCUCCAAGUGCUGUCAAAGACGUAAUGGACUUUGUAACAAGGACCCUAGAUAGUCUUCGUCAGCACUGGGCGAAGAGGAUCCAGUACGACAUCUGUUUCCUCUGCCCAAGGUGUAGUAAGAAGAAACUAUUCCAAGACUGUUUCAAGCGGAAGUCACUCCAGUGUGGGUUACAUAGGAUCCCCACUACUUCGGUCAAGUCCAAGUUCGGUAUACCUCAAGAGGGAGUGGAUUCAGGGACUGAAAGUCCAAUGAUGUCUAGGAGAUCAACUUGUAAAGAGAGCAGGGUACUAUGCGACCUUGACUUAAGUGAUCUUGCGGGGAAGAUAGGACAGGAGUGGCGUCGCCUGGGAAUCAGGCUUGGGUUAAACCAGGCAGACAUUGAUCAUGUCACGGAGGACAAUUCAAAUGCGGUGGAUUGUAUUCUUGCAAUGCUGAGACUGUGGAAGCAGCGGUCAUCUUGUAGGGGAAAUGAGAGACGGAUGAUUGAGGAUCUUUGUUUGGCAUUGGAAAACUGUGACAGGAAAGAUCUUGUAGGCGAGAUCAGAGAAGCGGCGGGAUUGGGAUAGCUGUAACAUCCAAGCAAGAGUUGAUGGUAUCGUUGAUUGCAUUACUGUCUGGUUAAAAAAAGGUUGGAUGAGUUCUGUUUUAAUUUUUGGUGAAAUUCCGUGUGAAUAUUCAAAGCUAUAUAGCCAGCCAUUUUUUUCUAAGGUGUCUUUCAAAGAGUGGACAAGAAAUCGCACAUAGGUCGGCUCAUCACAUCACCAACUUGAACGCCUGACUACCACUUCGUACCAGCCCUGGCCGGGGAAUGGGGUGAACACAACCUGCAGGGGCCUGUCUUACAAAGAGUUACAACUGAUCCAAUCAAUCGUAACUCUAUGGAAAUCCACCAGUGUCAUUAAUUUCCUUUUACGGGCAAUUUCCUUUACGCGCAACCAAUUAUCCAUUUGUUUUGCUUUGCGUAUAUAUACGGCCAAUUUUCCAUUUCUUUGAUUCUUGUCACACAGCACUUUAGUUAUCCAUUUCCUUUGUUUUGCAUCACGAGCGAUCAAUUGUUAUUCAUAUACUCCAAUUCACGUCACCAUGCAACCAACAAUCCAUUUCUUCUUGUUCACUUGCCAUCCAUUUCCAAUUUUUUCAGAUCGUCUCUUUGCCAUUACUAUUAAUUUCAAAUUUCCGGUUCCGGAAAUUUUCUUCAUCUACAAUCUCCAAUUUCCUCAAACCCAUUAAUUUGUCAUUUCUGGGGAGUAAAUUGAUUAUUACCCAAGAAUGUCUGGGAUAGAUGUAAUCCACCUGAGAUCUGUUAUCUGUAGUCGUUCCGAUAUGAUUAAAGCUCAGUAAAAAUGAACUGUGUUCCUAAUACACAGGGGGAGAUAAAUAUCUCGCAACACGUACAUUCAUAAGCAUAGGUGACAACUUCACCUAUGCUAACGAAUGCACAUUUUGCGUUUCAAUCUCAAAAAGUAGUACAAAUUACUAGACGCCUCAUAGUCCAUACAUGUAAAUGUUGCUAAGUUUUUAAUAACUAGUGGUAUACAUAUUCUUAUUAAGUAAUAUUUGGGCAUUUCGGUCAAAUUUUGAUAAAAAAUUCAGCUAAUCAUGUGACACAUAGAAUUUUGAUCUGCCUUACAAAGAAUCACUAGCGUACCUACGGGGGGAGCCACAACCCAUACAAAAGACAUAUAACUGCCCUCCCUGACGAGCUUAAAAUACCUUCUUUGCCCCCCCCCCCCCC